ACCCUCUCGGGGAAAAAAAAAGCAUUUGUAAUUUAUAAAACUGCAUGGUUUUAAUGCGCUCUGCAGCAAGGCAAGUGCAAUCGAUGCUUUUUUUUUUCCAGUCAAUAGCUAUUAUCUGAUGAUAUUUUGGAAUUUUAUUGAUAAACACAAGAGGCAUUUAUUACUGAAGUGAUUAUCUGCCAUUAUCACACACCUGAAUAUAUGCAGAGGUUUUACUGUAUCAGCAGAUGACAGGCCAAAACAUCCCUGCUGACAAUGGCCACCAGCUUAGUGCUUCCCUCUCAAUCUGAUAAUGAUGGCAUGGUGGUACAUGUGAUGGAGGAGAUGUCCUUCCAAACCAUCUGAAUAGGUAGGAAAUAAGCAAGUGGGGCUCCCAUCUCCUCCCAUCACCACACUCUGAAGCCAAUGGGUGAUGGGAAGGAGCAGGGGAGCUUUUGCCAUGCAUGCUUUCUUCCAGGGCUGCUGAAUAUCAGCUCCAACUUCUUCAUCCUGUGUUUUCAGGUGUCCUGGUGCAGCUGAGGAGAGCCAUCACCAUGGUCACUGCACUGCUCUUGCUGGGCCUUUCGGCCCUGUUUGCUCCAUCCAUGAGCUACAGUUGCUAUGGUGAUAUCAGUGCUCUUCAAGCACCCACAGUUUCCUGCACAGCCGUAAGAGCCCAGGACUGCGGCCCUGCUGCUCUGAGGAGGACGGUGGAAGCGGACGUCAUCCGCUUGAGGAAAUACGAGGUGCCCAUUAAGAGAGUGGCCAGAAGGCUUUGCUUGGACCCGGCUCUCAUUGCUGCCAUCAUCUCUCAGGAGAGCCGUGCCGGCCUUCUGUUGAACAACGGCUGGGACCAGGGCCAGCAGCGGUACGGCCUGAUGCAGAUUGACAGGAGGUAUUAUCAGCCCUUUGGGACGUGGGACAGUGAGGAUCACAUAAACCAAUGUUCAAGCAUGCUGGUGGCAGGAAUCAAUGAAAUGAGGGCAAGGCACCCUGCCUGGAGCUGGGAUCAGCAGCUGCGAGGGGGAAUUUGCACCUACCAUGCAAGAGCCGGCAACCUCCAGAUGUACGAUGAAGACCCCUGCAGCAGAGAUAACAACUAUGUCAACAGCGUGAUCAGGAGGGCCCAAUACUUCAAGAGAAAUGGGUUCUAGCUCAGUGACCCCCUGCCACCGAGCCUCCACUACAUGUAGACUAGCCCAGUAGUGACAGUAGUACCCAGAGCCUCCCAGGGACCUGGCAGGACUGAUGUGCCUCACAGGGACAACAGAGCACAAUCUGGAGGCCUUUAGAAGUCAGAUAGUGACAUCCAAGUGAUGCUAAAAUGUUGGGUGAGGACGUUCCUUGUAUCAGGAGCUGAACCUGGGGCUGUUCAUGCAUCUCCAGGUGGGGAUGCAAACAGCUCUCACUCAGCAUGGGCUGUGCUGCCCAUGUUCUCUCUUACAAACAGGAGGGAUAACCCCUUGAGUUUUCUCCCCUUUGAUAGUGCUGGCCACUUCCCAAUGAAGAGGCUCCUCUCUGAGUCUUGCAUCACUCCAUACACACCUGUCCCAGGAGCUGUGCCACAGCAUCAGUGCUGGUAACAACCUCAGCAUCUUCCCUGCUUUGCCUUUGGAGCAUUUGUGCUGGAACCUGCCAAGUUUCAAAGCAUUCCAGCUUCUGUCCCUCUGUCCUGCCAGUUUGCCUGACUUCUAAUUAGGAGUGGGUAAGCUCUGGGUUUGUAAACUGUUUGAGAGUACUUUUUAAUGUGGAUGGUUCUGGGUGCAAAUUUAGGCUUACUGGCAAUCAAA